AGCAUGUCUGUGGCGAUGAAGGAGCUGCCGCAGAGGCGUAAGUCCCUGGGCCCGGUGUCCCCAAAACGCAUCUACAGGAGCCUCUCCGUCAGGCUGCGCAGCGGGGAGUCACCCAUGGAUGGGGACCUGGACGUCACCAAACACCAGUGCAAAGCCCUGUCGUCCACCAUCAGACCCAGCAGGGAGGCACAGCAGUCCUGUUGGGUCUGUUUUUACACCUCCCUGUGGGAGGCCGUGGAGAGCGAGGACACCAUGGCUGUCCAGAGCCUGUUGUCCCGGGACAGAAGCUGGAGCGCGGAGAGAGGAGGAGGAGGAGGAGCAGGAGCAGGAGCAGGAGGAGGAGCAGGAGCAGGAGGAAGAGUAGACCGGUCAGAGCAGAGGGACAAGUGGGUUAACGCCAUGAGCGAGCAGGGCCUGGUGCCCUUGGACGUGGCCGUGCUAACCCACAAUUCCCCACUGCUGCAAGUGCUAAUUAAGGCCGGGGCCAGACACAAUCCAUACUUGUGUCGUCCGUCUGAGUGGGCGUUGAAGCUGGAUGCCCUGGUGUCGGUGGCGGCCCAGCGUGUGGAGGAACAGCGUAGGCUGGUUCUGGCCCGCUCCCGGGCCCCGCUCCACCUGCAGGCCAGCGCCCAGCGCCAGCUGCACCUGUGGACCCUGCGCCACCAGCUCUACUGCAAGAUGAGGGACAGCUUCCACCUCACAGAUCUCCCCGGCCCUCCCAGCAGUGCUGCGUUGCAGGUGACCAGUGCCACAUCGUUGUCGGUGUCCGUCAGAGAGCCGGCUGGCAUGGCUAACGGCCUCAUCACACGCUACAGGGUGGAGUGGAGCACAUCGGAGACGUUUGAGCCCAUGUGUGGAACUGGCUUCAUCACCCACAUAAAGAGCCCUGUCUUCAGCAUCACGGGGCUGGCCACUGGCACGGCGUACUACGUGAGAGUGUGCGCCUACAACGUGCGAGGAUGGGGCCCGCCUCAGACCUCCAGCCCUCCCUGCGCUACUCCUUCCAGCUGGUUGGAGUGUAGCGGGGUGCGGGUGCGGAGCAGAGCUCAGGAGACGGCUGUGGGGAAGAUCUUGGAGCAGAUCAGAGAGCCACACUACAGGGGCUUCUGCACAGAAAAUGGCCGGCAGCUGAGCCCCACCAAGCGUCUGUCGGUGUCCCGCAGCCUCAAGCAGCUCUUCCAGUCGGCCACCAAGUUUGUGCGUCUGCUGCAGAGGGGUGUAUACCUGGCGACUAUAUUUUACUACAAAGAUAACUUCUUGGCCACGGGAGAGGAGCAGUUUCCAAUGGUGGAGAUCCAGUGCUGCUCUACGUCCAUCAUUCAAGACUUCCUAUGGUUUUCUAAGCUGUCGUGUGCGUGGCAGCAGGUUCCGUGGCUGCAGCAGGCCCUGGGCUCCUCUCUGUCCUCCUCCUCGUCGCUCCUCCAGAACAGACUCACCAUCCUGAGGGCGGUGGCACAGCUACAGUCGUCGCUUGGGACGUCAGACCUGGGCCAGGUGUACUACGAGCCUCUAAGGGACCGGCAGGGGAACGUGCUGCUGGUGACCAUGAAGGAGUGCAGCCCGCCAUCGCACCCCCCCGACCCCCCGCUGCGCUGGGUGCCCAUGGCCCGUCUGGACCGGAACCGCUGCCACACCCCACUGCUGCCCGAACCCACGGCCAUGGACACCCUCACGGACCAGCUCAAGGAGAAGCUGAGCUACCACAGGCGCAGCAUGCAGCAGGCUCAGCCGGGCCUGUACGUGGGCAUCCUGAAGCUGUGCAGCUCCGUUGAGCAGCUGAGGGUGCUCGUACCCCAGAGGCUGCCCAACCUGCUCUGCCACGCCCGCGUACGCACCAACCCACACGUUGCCAAGGAGGAGUGGCAGUGGCUGCAGAGGCAUGCGGUGCACUUGGGCAGCAGCUGGGCGGAGGGCGAGGAGGGCGGUGUGAUCGACAGCUCCGGGGUGGAGGAGUUCGUCCACUCGCUCAGGUCCGCUGUCACCAACCUGCUGACGCGGCUCAACAUUCCUGUCUACAGGGCCUAUCAGUACCGGGUGUACACACAGGAGCUUCUCCAGUUUGGGGAGAGCCUCUCCAUGCUGCUGCUGCUGCCUCCCAGCGAGGAGUUCAGUGCCAGCUACUGGCCACUGGAGGGCGCCCAGGAUCCCGGCAUCACCAUGCCCCUUCAGAUCUUUGAACUGGUGCACUUCUGGGCGUAUGCACGCGGCUUCCUGUCCCAGUACUGCCAGGCCUGGCUGCGGCUGGAGCUGGACGUCUACCUAUCCCAGCAGGCCCUGCGGGAGGCCCUGGACACCAAGGAAGUGGUGGAGGCUCGGGAGAGACUCAACCACAUCACACAGCUAUCAAAGAACCUGGAGGAUGUGUGGCGGGAGGCCAGAUGGAUCAUGGACGUGAUGCAGUGCGUUCGCGCCAAGCGUACUGGUGGUGCAGGAGCGGUGCCCUUGGGGCUGGUGAUGGGAGGCCAGCCGCCACCCUCCCCUGAUGUCAGUGGGGAAGGGGCAUUUGGGGACAUUCCCAUAGUGCUGCCCCCUCACAUGCUGAACACAGAAGGCACGGACAGCACAGAAUCAGCAGACGCAGGCAGGCUUGACUUAACCACGUCAGGGGGAGCUCUACUCCUGUCCAACAUGGAGACCAGCCUCCCCUCCACUGAGGAGUACGAACCGGAACCCCCUACACCACCAGACACCAUGCCCUUCAGCAUCAGCACACAGUACCUCAGCCCCCAUCCACCACCACCACCACCACCCAUCUUCUGCACCACGAUGGGUGCUCACCUGUUGCCCGACAUACCUGAGGAGGAGGUGGGUGUGGGUGUGGGUGUGGGUGUGGGUGUGACGGUGCCCUGCCUGCAGCCUGACCUCCUGAACCCCUGCAGCCUGCAUGAGGAGGGGCUGGGGGAGGAGCAGGCCAUGGCCGUGGUGGGGGACAUGCUCGGCAUGCUGGACCAUCUGGAUCUUCGCGACCAGAAGCUGAUGAGCCUCAGUGGACUAGAACCACGUCAGGUGGAUGCCAACUGCAUGAGCUUCAGUGGACUAGAACCACGUCAGGUGGAUGCCAACUGCAUGAGCUUCAGUGGACUAGACCCUCAGGGGGAUACUAACAGCAGCCUGGGGCUCCGUGAUCCGCAGAAGCUGAUGAGCUUUAGCGGACUGGAUACUUCAACAACAGAGCCUAAUCACCGUAGCAUGCUGGGGGCUGAAGGUGGAACUUAUAGCUCCACCACAACCAGUAUUCUCAGCAGCUGCAGUCGCGCCACAGACAGCCUUCUGAGACAUGCUCAGAUGUUAUGCCAUGGCGAGAGCGGUCGUACAGGAGUACCUGAGGAGCUUGGUGGACUACAAGGAAAUAACAAACAGUGGGCGUCAGAACAACCCUCUGUGGACCCCUUCUCCUCCUUGCCCUCUCUUCAGUCGCCCCUUCCCCCCGGUGCGACGGUGUCGUCCUCCAAGCCCAGUCCAGCAUCAAGUGGGCAGAGCGCUCUGCCAGGCGGGGCCAGUAGGGGGAGUGGUCUCCCCAUGAGAAGUGCGGUGGCAUGGGUGACGACCUUUGCAGAUCAGCAGUCCUGACAGUGAAAAGGGGAUCUGACUAACUGCCGAGCCAGCUUCCGUUUCAUCUCAACAGAUUUACCACUCCAGAUAUGCCAUCAGACGCAGCAGAUGGAGGCAGGCUGUUGGCUAGAAUCGAGAUGUUGUUGUAGACCCAUAUUAUUUCAUGUCCCAGUUUUGUUAUCUGUGCAAGAUGUGCAUCACUAUAUUACUUUUGAGAUACAGUAGGUCGUCAUAGAGAUAACUUUUGAUGUGAGUUUUACUAGUGAGUUCCCCGGUGUGUAAAUACUGUAAAGGACCAAAAUCCCUGUACUCUACUGUAGCAACAUUGAUGAAUUCAAAGCAAAGAAAGUGCCUUGAAAAAUGUCUGUUGAUCAGUAUUUGAGAUAAAAACCUGAUUAUUUUCACAAUUUCACUUUCAGUGAUGAAAAGGGAGUAAAGGGAGAUAAUGAAAUGUAUUACCUGAACACUAGAAAUGUAUAUUGCCUUUAAAACAGCUGAUCAAUAGCCAAAUCAAACUAAGAAGAACGGUGUUUGUGCAUGUAUGAAAUGUCAAAAUUGUUGGAUCUGCUGUCAUCAAACAGUAGCUGGGGGUUCUUUCAGAGAGGUGUCAUCAUUGCCAACAGCAGUCGGACGAAAAAGUAUAAUAGACCUCUAUUAAUGUCUGUGCUGGUGGGUCAUUUGCGAAAUUUGGGGGGUGCAAUACUAUUUUGUUUGCCUGGGCGAAAGCGACUGUUGAUCUUUGGGUGGAGUACAUAGGAUGGUGUCGCCAGGCUACUAUUUUGUUCCCAGUGAAGACGAGGCACAGGAGUCAUCAGUUUAUCUUUGUUUGUUUUAUCAUAAUCAUGCACUAUAUUAGGUAUUAGGCCUACACCACAAAUAUUAAACAUAUCACCAUACAUUUAGUUUAGUGAUUUGGGUUACUGUACCUUUAAACUUCUCUAGCUGGUAUAGAGAGUACAAGUAUAAGUCCUGGAUGUCAAGUACUGG